CCGUGCACGCGCUCGACGUAGACUUCACUGGAGUCGAAAAGAUGGUGGCUAGCGCUCGAGUCCAGAAGCUCCUCCGACGGUACAAACUAGCCAUCGCUGCCGCCCUGACUAUCCUCUUGAUCCAAGGGCUGGUUGUAUGGAGUCUGAGGAGUCUGGAGGAGGGCGAGGCCGAGAGAAAAACACGACGGUCUAAACUACCGGACCACAACAGCCAGGACCCCAAGAGAGACAGUGCACUUUGGGAGAAACAAAACUCUUUGUCAGGGAGGAACAAGGGCAGAUGGAGCACCAGGUUGGAGAGGACAGGAGGCACAGCAGCCAGUGCGCUGAGGAGAGCAACAAGCCGGCAAGGAGGAAAGCCCGGCAUCAGGCUGAAGUCUCCACAGGAACGAGGGGUGACGGGUGCUGGAAUGGACAAUGUUGUCUCCCAUGACCUGUCCAGCAGCCGCAACUUUAGCGAGAUGCGAUGGGGCGCAGGUGGCGCACCUAAGCUCCCUGCUGCUGCCAUACCAGGGGAGCCGGGCAGCGUGGACGGGGCACACCAAGCCCCCAGUAGUGACUUUGUGCCUAAAUGUGAUAUCUUAGGGAAGGACGCUCUGUCUGCCCUCCAUCGUGCCGGGUCACAGCAGUGCCGACAGGAGAUCGCCAACAUCGUGUGCCAACAUCAGGCUGGUCGGCUCAUGCCAGACGCAUUUCCUCAGUUCUGCCCCCAGCCUGGUCUGUCAAAUCCAGUUCAGGUUGUUGAGCUGGACAACAGCCUGUCCAGUGUGGAGAACCCUGUCAGGGUGGCCUUUGUUCUGAUGGUCCACGGCCGAGCUGUACGGCAGCUCAAGCGCCUCAUGAAAGCCAUAUACCACCGUGACCACUACUAUUACAUUCAUGUAGACAAGCGGUCGGGCUACAUGCAUCGAGAGGUCCUGCAGAUAGUCCAGCAGUUCCCAAAUGUGCGGGCCACACCCUGGAGAAUGGUCACCAUCUGGGGCGGUGCCAGCCUGCUGAAGGCCUACCUGCGCAGCAUGCAGGACCUGCUCUCCAUGGUGGACUGGAAAUGGGAUUUUUUCAUCAAUCUCAGCGCCACAGACUUUCCCACCAGGACCAAUGAUGAACUGGUGGCUUUCCUGUCGCAGCACAGAAACAAGAACUUCCUCAAGUCACACGGGAGAGAGAAUGCCAGAUUCAUUAAAAAGCAGGGUCUCGACCGUCUGUUCCAUGAGUGCGACAACCACAUGUGGCGUCUCGGGGAGCGCAGCAUCCCAGAAGGCCUGGAAGUCUCAGGUGGCUCUGAUUGGUUUGCGCUCACCCGCCGCUUUGUGGAGUAUGUCAUCAACUCCCAGGAUGACCUGGUGUCAGGGCUGAAGCAGUUCUAUUCCUAUGCUCUGCUCCCCGCUGAGUCUUUCUAUCACACAGUGCUGGGCAACAGUCACAUGUGUGACUCUCUGGUGGACAAUAACCUGCGUGUCACCAACUGGAAUCGUAAACUGGGAUGUAAAUGUCAGUACAAGCACAUUGUCGACUGGUGUGGUUGCUCUCCCAAUGAUUUCAAACCACAAGACCUCAUCCGGAUUCAGCAAUUGUCCCGCCCAACGUUCUUCGCUCGUAAAUUUGAGUCAACAGUGAAUCAGGAGGCCAUAGAAAUUCUGGACACUCACUUGUACGGCCAGUACGCUCCAGGCACCAUCGCCGUCAAGGCUUACUGGGAAAGUGUGUUCGAGCAGUUGGACAGCAUCAACUCACUCAGCGAUGUUGCCCUCACUGCUUACACAUCUUUCUUUCGCCUGGGUCUUAAGAGUCUGACGACGACACAGAAAAAUGUGGAGGCAUGCAGGUUUGAACCUGUAGGCUAUCCACUGUCGGUACACUUGUACUUCUACGACGAUCAUUUCCAAGGUUACCUGGUGCGUCAGGACGUACAGGCUGUGGGGUCAAAGGCCAGGGAGACACUGGAGAUGUGGGCAGUGCCUCAAACGUCUUUUGUACUCGAAAAGAACCUUAAAGAGUUUGAGAGAUUGAAGAAUCUGGAAAUUGGCACAGAUUGGGAUCCAAAGGAAAGAAUCUUCCGCAACUUCGGUGGUGUGAUCGGGCCUCUGGACGAACCACUGGCAGUACAGAAAUGGGCCCGUGGUCCAAACCUCACAGCCACUAUUGUGUGGAUCGACCCAGCACUGGUGGUGGCAGCAUCUUACGACAUCAUAGUGGAUGUGGAUGCGGAGUACACCCAGUACAAACCACCGUUACAGCGCCCCCUGCGGCCGGGGACCUGGACAGUGCGGCUGUUAAAGCAAUGGGAGCGUGUGGCAGAAGUUUGCUUCCUUGUCAUGCCACUGAACUUCAAAGAUAAGGAGCCACUACGCAAAGUGGAGGACAGCUGGCUCCAUGCAGGCCCUCCAGGGAACCUGUACCUGGAGCAGAGUUUCCAGCAGCUGAGCUCCAUGCUGAAGCUUCCUCCCCAGGAGUCGGCCCUGCGGGAGGCCCAGCAUAAUGCCCAGCUCAUGGGCCAGUCCCUUGAGAAAUGGGUGGACAACAGUGUAAGGACAUUCUGGGUAAUAGGCGACAUGUGCACCACACAGACUUCCUCCUGCCCAGCAUUGGGACCUUGCUCCAAAACCUCCUGGAGCUCUCUGUCCCCAGAUCCCAAGUCUGAACUGGGUCCUGUCAAAAGUGAUGGGCGGAUCAGGUAGCCCUCAGAGACUGUAAGACCAACAAAAACAUGCUGGAUGAAUGAGGGAGAGCUGCACCUGUACUGUAGAGCUCCAGGAGAAUCUGCGUCAACUGGAUAUUGUCCUCAAGGUCAGCUCAGAGCUCAGGGGCACAUAAACAACAACAAGACAACUUCCUGCUCUGAUGAGUCAGGACAUUCUGAGUGAAGUUGUUAUACAGACUUAAAAGGGGAGGAUACAACCGCUGGAUAUUUGCACAUAAAAGACUUGUCCUUGUUUGCUGAAUGAUUUCAUGGAUGCCAGAUGUAUUGUUAUUAUUUUAGCACAGGUUUUCAGUCAGGGUCAGUCUGGGUCAGAAUUUGAAAAGCACCUUCCGCACAUGUUUAGACGCAGUUUUGACACUCAAUUAUCAUCUGCUUUAAAAGAACGAGAAAGGGAGAACUCGGAACAACAGGUUCCUCACCACACUGUGCUCAUUUCAAGGGAGAGUGGAACGUCUGACUCAUAUAUUAUCGUGCUUAUUUUGAAGCAUUACUACGGAAGCAUGCGGAGCCGACAGAUAAAGUGCACUUUACUGUAAGACUAUGACAUAACACAGAGGUCACAUGGUUACACUGCGAAGAGCAGAAGUUCAAAAUACAUGAUUAAGGUCAUGUCACCUCUUAAUUUUAUAGUAGGCUCUAAGACAAAGCACCUGCACCGUGACUCCCUGCUGUCACAGACACAUCAAUAAAUGGUCCGACUGUAACGCGGGUUAGCAAAAGUACAGAAAGCGACAGGCGGGGGUUUUUAGGGUUCAAGUCUUCUUUAAUCUUUUAGUUCUGUUUACUGUGACAUACACUUUUUGAAACUUGUCAUUUUUCAUGUAUUUGUUUUGUGACAGUUCCUGACGCGGCUGCUCAAACUCGUAAGAUGUCUUUGAUGUACAUUGUUGCCAGAAAAGCCUUUUU